AUGAAAUCCAAGUGUAGCAAAGGCUUUUACUUUCUUUGUGGUAUCUACAUUUAUCAAUUUGAAAAGGUCAUGCAUUGUGACGACUACACAAGAGUUGUUCCUCCUCUUCUCCAUUUGGAGAGUCAAUCCAAACAGCAUUUGGUAACGCUAUUUUCAAUUAAAGAAAUUUGUAAUGUUGUGUCUUUCGAUACCAAUCAGCUGAAGAAUGGGGUGCAUUUAUUCUCGGAGAGAUGUCAACCAAAACCGGAGGGUUUUCCGCGUGUACAAUGCAAAGAACCAAUUCGAUGGCCCGUGCGGUGUCUGCGUCGUUACGGCUGUGAUGCUGAACUGUUUUCAUUUGAAAGUGGUCGCCGUUGCCUAACAGGGCCGGCCAUAUUUGCUUUCAAAUGCCAACAUGCUGAAGAGUUAUUUAAUCUCGUCCAGGAAUGCAUACAACGAGCGGGGCAAGAAGAAAGGGCAAAUCAGAGCCAUUUGGGAAGCACAAACCGUUUACAUAGUCGACCCAGUUCAAUUAUUGAGAAUCCGGAUCAUAAUGGAAUGAUGAUAUCAAAUCGUCCCAUUCACAAUGGGUUGAUACGAAAUAAUAACGGACUCCGGCUGUAUGUCAAUGCUUCCAAUGCCCCUGAUAACAGUAACCACGACUACAUAAAUGCUAUGCCGAUGACAAAUGUGGGUGCCACCGAUAGUACCACACCCUUAUUAGAAGUGGAUGACAAUGAAGUACCUUUGCAAGAUUGUGCUGUAAAUUAUGCUGUGCUUGAUUUACCAAAAAGUACAGAAAACCUCUGUGAUGAUGCAAUUGAUGGUCCCAGGACGGACUUUGAGCCGAAUACUGAUGGGAACGGUAACUAUGCUGAUACAGAAGUAUUUACAGAAGCCGAUCAGAGUAACAAUCCAAACUAUAUAAAUGUAAGCAAUGACUGUAAUGCAGAGUCCGAUCCGGAGAUUUUAACACGAACACAGAUUAAUGUUGCAGAUCACAACUAUGCGAAUAUAUCCAUGAAUAGCAGUCCGGCACUUGCCAUGUCAGGUGCAUCUGCAGCAGCAUCUCCUUGUGCAUCUGCAAGCACCAAUCAUCACCAUACACAGCAGCAGCAACUGCCACUGCUACCACCCCAACACUCCCAGUCGCAACAGCAAUUGCAAGUUCAAGCAAGAACAGUUCCACAGUCCUUUCACACCUUGCCUCCACCGCCUCCUCCACCCCAUCAGGUGAACAAUGAAGUGCGUAAAGUAACUUACAUCCAGUUGGACUUGAACCGUAGUUCUGACAAUCUGUCGAGUGGCGGUUGCGUGUCGCCCACGUCUCCGCUCAGUUUUUCUUCGUUUCCUGAAUCGCCUGGAAAACGAACAGAGAGUUAUGCGGAAAUAGACUUCAACAAGACUGCUGCGUUAUCAAACUCUGCCAUGAUCACAAAUGAUAAUGACCUCGGAUUACGUAAGACCCGACACAAUAGCACAAUUAGUGACUUUGGAAACUAA